AGAAGGUUGUCUUCAAAGCACAACUAUCUAGAUCUCCGAUCCUCAAUCCGUUGAUUCCGAACCCAGGGCAAGCUCCACCUUCUCAAUCCUUGUCUUCUACUCUUGGUGAUGUAGCUGAUAGCAGCAUCCGAACAACCAGUGUUCCUCCCAAACAACCUGUUCCACUUCCUUAUAAUCAUAUAGUCACCCUUCAUAGUCAACCAGCUCUACCUCCACCUGUCCAACCUGCCCAAGUGCCGCCAGUUCAGCCUCCCAACCUCUUUUCUCAAUACACUCCAGCUCUACAGCCUCAAGGCACUCGCUUGAGUGUUAUCCCUUUAAGGAAAGGAGAAAAUCUCUUUCUUUACGGACAGGACUCUCGCACCUUUACUUGUGGAUUUCUUGAUGACUUUCGCCGAGGACAUAAAAAAGGGCACAUGAAAAGAGGGCUACCCUCGCUGGCACUAGAUUCUCGAAAACGAAAGCUAUUAGACCGGGCUUCCCCUAGACUCCAGUCGUUGGUUAAAUCGAACCUAGGUUUCGGGGAGCUUAAAGAAGGAAAAAGAUGCCGUCUAGCUACCAAGCGGAUCAUAGUGACCGCUAUUAAAGAGCAUCACGUGCGAGCCGUUUGCCCAAAUGCCAAAAGCAAAUUCACCAAUUCACUUGAGUGAAAAGGAGAGCUAGAUUCCUAAGAGUCAUAAGAGGACUAAGAAUAAGAAAGGACCAACUCGUACUAAGGCUAUCGGUACUACUCUUCCUAAAUUCCUAACGUAGAUAAGGUGUCUCCUAUGUUUACCGUGUCUAACAGUAAGACCAGCUCUCCCCUUAGUCUAAAUAGCUAGAUAAUCUCCCGGAAAGCUAGUUCUUUAGCAAAAUCAGUCUUCUUUCAAGUAAGCUAUGGAUAAGAGGGAUAGAUCAAAGGUAAAGAACCUAAGCUCUUUUAUUUUGAAUUUUAAGACAGUUCAAUUCUUUUUCCCAUUGAUCCUCUUGCAGAAGAAAAGCAAAACCCAUGAAGCUCUAGUAGUAAGCAUAUCGAGUGAGCGAGCAAACCCAAUUGGAGUUCUAAGCCCUUUAUUUCAAUGUCAUGCCAGCCGAGCCAGUAGACGUCUUAAGUUAAGCUCUUCCUGUUGCAGUGUCUGUUGUAGUUUCCGGGAGUUCAGUUAGCCU